CACACACGGUAAUUUACAUACCACUUUCUAAUCUUUUUACUUUUAUAUAAUAUCUAGAUAUAAUUAAUAUAUCAUUAUUAUAUAAUAACAAAUUAUAAUUUUAAUUAUAAACACACACAAAAUUACAAACUUUUUUAAAUAACAACACUUUAAAAAAAAAAAUGGCAAUUAUUCCAACAGUCGUCGGUAAAAUUCAAGUUAUUUUUGGCCCAAUGUUCAGUGGAAAAACAACCGAACUUAUUAGAAGAAUUAAAAGAUUUAACUUUGCUAAUAAGAAAUGCUUAUUAAUCAAAUAUAGCAAAGAUACUAGAUAUAACGAUAAUAUUGAUAAAUCAUUUUUAGUCACCCACGAUAAACAAAACUACCAAGCUUUCCCAUGUUCAAUUUUAGAAGAUAUCAGAGAACAAGCUGAAAAAUAUGACGUCAUCGGUAUUGAUGAAGGACAGUUUUUCCCAGAUGUCGUUCAAUUUAGUGAAGAAUUAGCAAACCAAGGCAAAACUGUUAUCAUUGCAGCUUUAGAUGGCACUUUCCAAAGAAAACCUUUUGCAUCUGUCAUUGAUUUAGUCUCCAAAGCCGAAGUUAUCACCAAAUUGACCGCUGUUUGUAUGGUUUGUUAUAACGAUGCUGCUUUCUCCAAACGUAUUGUCGAUGAUGAUAACAUCGAGUUGAUUGGAGGUAUUGAUAAAUAUAUAUCAGUUUGUAGAGGCUGUUACCAUAAAGACACCUCUAUGAAAACCUUAAAAUCAGUUCGUAAUGUUCACGACAAAGCUCUUAGCGGUGCCGUUGUAGCAGCCCAUGAUCAAUUCUACCAAGAUGGUCCACAAAAUAUGGCAGUUGAUGAUAUUCAUUUAAACAAUGACUACUAAACUGUCAAUAUUAUAUUUAAUCUACUAUCCUUUUGUUUUUCCGCCAACAACCAACCAAAAAUCUCAUCCCCCAGCUGUGUGUAAACCUUUUGCUUUUUCCUUUUAAAGAAAUUGCUCUGUAAUUUUAAAACAUCAUAUGUUUAAGUGAUAUUAAUCACUAUAGUUUUCGAAAGAAUAACCUUUUUGUAUAAUAGUUUUCCGAACCAACAAACAAAUCAAAAAAAAAAAAAAGAAAAAAAAUUAAAUUAAAUUUUAUAUUUUUCUAUUUUUAGUUUUUUGAUCAACCGCAAUAACAAUCAAAUAAUAAUAACAACUACUAACAACAACUCAUUCUUUUCAACUAAAUUAUUUAAUAUGGUUUUUAAAUCAUAUAAUAAAAAACUUUGUAAAUAUUCUCAAAAAAAAUUAAGUUUAGUUUUUACUUAAAUUAUUGAAAAAAUUCUUUU